AAUAAUACCGACGGUAAUGUUUACGCCGCAUGAGCCGCUUCGAUCUUCAGAGGGACUCAUCUAAGGCUAUCCUGGAGUGUGUUCUCCCUCGAGCUCCUCGCGUUCCGGGGUGUUAUUCGGUGGAUCCAAACGCUGGGUUCUUUUAUAGCCGGUCCAUCUAUGAAGAGGAUAUUAGGUCUCGGACAGCGGUGCGGGCUACCGAGACGGCGGGUCUCGCAGCUCAGCACCGAGUCUAAAUCUUCGACAGCGGAACCGGAAAUAGUCAUACCACAGAGAAUACCGAGAGGGCCGACGGACAUACUCCGCGCACUCGCGUCGACAAUUCACAAGGACCACACGGCCCCCCAUUACAAAUUCAUUGAUGAUCCAUAUCUGAUUCCGGUGUCUAAUCCGGAAAAACGAUCGUAUGCGCUCGCGAUGGAAUCAGGGAGGAAGGCAGCUCGAUACAUGCUGACCAAUUUCCCUGAGUGUUUCAAAAACGAUCCAGCCGAGCCGAAGGUUGAACUCUUCAAUCCGCCGCGCGCAGCUUUCCAGCCCGGCGCUCAAAACUCAGAAGAGGAUUUGGUUCGUUGUAUCGAUGAAAUAAAUGUGGCGGAGUCCCUGGUAGUCUACGAAAAUCUGAAGACCCACGGUAUCAAAAUAUCCCAAGAGAACCUCCUGAAGCUACUCCAAAUGGUCUCCUUCUUCAACGAGACGCCCCCGGAUGAGAUGCUUUCGAUCGAAUCGAAGCAUCUAAAACGUAAGGAAAGACAGCCAAGGAGGAAUCAAUGGAAAGUCGGUGGCGUCGCGGAGAAGAUUUUCGAGGAAAUCGAGAACAAGGACGGCGAGGCUUAUUCCGCCCUCAUCCGAGGAAUGUUGAAACAUGGCAAUGUCGAUAGGGGGUACAAACUCUUCGAGGAGAUGCUCACGAAGAAUUUGGUACCGACGAGACACGUUUUCAAUCAUUUGAUACGCUGGGUCCCGCUACUGAAGGAGUCUCAUCAGUCGCGUUUGGCAUUUUUGAUGGAGCUACUGAACAGGAUGGAAGAGUGUGGCGUCCGGCCCGAUCUGAUCACAUUCAACAGCGCUCUCUCCGCUUGUUCACGGUUAGGCCAUACAGAUCGCAGCAAGAUCGUCCCGGAGCUCUUGGCUGAGAUGAGGUUCCUGGGGAUCGAACCGAGCUUGGCGACCUACGGCCACAUUCUGGAAACGCAGUGCACGCCGAAAACAGGGCCGUCGGACGCCCUCCAUCGAGUUCUGGCCGAAGUCACCCAACGGCAAUGGGAAGUUCGGGAUCCAGACGAUUUAUUUUUCCUCGUUGUGGCGAUGGAAAAAGUCGUGGCAUACUCUCCCGACAGGGAUCUCGCGUACCAGCUGCUUGACAUGGCCGAACUGAAUCCGCAUCUGUUGUUCAACGCGUACAACGAAUCGCUUUUCUUCCAACAAUUAUUCAAGCUGCUGUGUGUCACCGAAGACUUCGACCAAUUGAUGCUUGUUUACAAUCGACUCGUCCCGAAUACUUACUCUCCGGAGGCAUCUGUCGUCCAGGAAAUUCUCACCUGUAUGCAGAUGCAGGCGGCUCAUAGAUAUCUACCGCAAUUGUGGUCGGACAUCGUCCUGUUAUACCAUGUCGAGAGAGAACCGAUUCUCAAGCAAGUUCUCGCGCUGGCAGCCUCGGUCGAGGUGGGCGAAACUGAGGAGUCGCAGAAACUGCAGCAGCAAUGUGCGGUGCUCGCCCAAGACAUGCAGACCAGAGUGGAGGCAAUCAAUGAGGAGCGCAGCCGAGUUUUCCGGAUGCCGAUCUUGCUCGACGCAGAGAUGCUCUCCAACAUGUUGCUGACCUACUUGCGGGCAGACCAGAUGGCGUGGGUUUCGAAAACUCUGGAACAUCUCAUAAAGAAUCAGCAUCUCGUACCGGGGGUUCCAUCGGCGACGGUGCUCAUGAAACUUGCCGAAAAAGCUUGCGAGAAAGAAGACAAGGCAAUGGCUCUGGCCUGCGCAAGAUACUGCGAUGAAAUCGGUCAUGAGACGGUUGUGGAUUUCAUCAAGGAAAAAGCUGCCGAGAACAAGAAUUUCGGUCCUGAUUUCCUGACUCGCUUGGAACGAAAAGAAGCGGCGGAAGAUCGAGAGAUUGAAUAAAUAUGUGGACUAUUGCCCUAGGGAA